AUGCGAGAGGAGGUGCGAUCGGUCUCGGGUAACUCCGAGGCCCAAGACAGCGCGAGUCAAGCUUCUGACGUGAGAUCUGAGCGCCUAGAACGACUUGAAGGACUCCUCAAGGGGAUUGCAGAGCAAGUAAUGGACAAGGAUGUCAGUAUACCAGCAAUGGGCGAGUGUACGAAGGUGGGCGUAGAGGGGGAUACGUCGCACGAGUUGGGACCUACGAUUUACGAACAUGUUAUGGAUGCGGUGAAGCCGGGCACAUUAAAGUUAUUGCCCCAAGAAAAAAGAGCGGUGCCGGCCCGAAAUCCAAAAGAUUCGCAUUAG